AUGCCGGGAGUAACAAUGAUUGCUUCUCGGAGAGCCAGCUCCAGCUUCAUCUGGCGCUCGCGUACCCUCCUUUCGUCUCCCUCUUUCGUUCCUGCGUCGGCCCGCUGCCUGUCGAUCAAUUGUCGCCCGACCACCCUCCAUAGCCGACUGUCGGCGAACCACAGCUCAUUGACAUCGCAUCUGUUAUGCAAGACUACCACCAGCCGUUCAUCCGCCUCCUUCUCAACAUCUACCUCUUCUUUGCUUCCCGACUCGGACUGGGACCAUAACCCGAAUUUGGCAAUCUCUAACUUCUCGGAACUACCCUCGAAGGAUUUCGGAGUUAACCAGCAUAUGAUUAUAAACCAAGAGUUUAAAGAAGCACUGCGACAGAUCCUUUGGCAAUUCAAAGCGCCAAUUCGAUAUGCAUUUGCCUAUGGAUCGGGUGUGUUCCCUCAGAAUGGAAGUGCAGCACCGGCCAGCUCAUUACAUCCUUCGGCACCUACGGCCAUUUCAAAUAUGCAACAAGGCUCCGGAAAGAUGAUUGACUUCAUUUUUGGAGUUUCAUACUCCCAGCAUUGGCAUGACUUGAAUCUGCACCAGCAUAGGGAUCAUUAUUCUGGUAUGGGCUCUCUUGGGUCGUACAUGGUUUCCCAGGUGCAGGACAAGUUCGGGGCUGGCGUCUACUUCCAUCCUUAUAUUACCGUUAACGGCACGAUGAUCAAGUAUGGAGUGGUUAACUUGGAUACAUUAUGUCGAGACCUUACCCAGUGGGAUACUCUGUAUCUUGCUGGUCGGCUACACAAGCCCGUGAAGAUCUUGCGGGACCACCCUAAGGUGCGAUUAGCGAACCAGAUGAACUUGCUGUCUGCCCUACGAGUCGCACUUCUCUUGCUACCUGAGCGAUUCAGCGAGUUCGAGCUUUACAGCACAAUUGCCGGUAUGAGCUACAUGGGAGAUUUGCGCAUGGCUCUCCCGGCUGAAGACCCCGGCAAGGUGCGCAACAUCGUCUCGGGACAGAUGGCACACUUCCGCCGGUUAUACGCGCCGCUCAUUGAGAAUCUUCCCAAUGUCACAUUCCAAGACCCCCGCUGCAGUAGUGAAGAUUGGAUCGAUGACCCGAACGCCAUCCUCGCCAUGGCGCAGGAUAUGGAUCCAGUGAAGCGUGGCAACAUGGUUCGUCGCUUGCCAGAAUCAUUCCGUCAGAAGCUGUACUUCCAGUACCAGUCUCGCUUCCAGAUCCCGCGGGUCGACUUCGACAAAAUGAUGAAAGAAAACAAAGAUGCUCAAGAUAUUAUUCGCCGGCCCCAGGGAGGUCCUUUUGAACAGCGGAUUGCCGGAGAUGAUUCUCUCCAGGAGGAAGUCUCUAGGUCCAUUGAGAAGACCAUCCGCUGGCCAAGUACUGUGCAGACCAUUAAAGCGCCCCUGACUGCAGGUCUCGGCAAGAGCUGGACCUACAUGAAGGAAAAGCGAGACAAGCACAAGAAGUCACAAAGCAAGGUGGAUUCGAGUGAGAAGCCGGAGAGCAAGAAAAAAUAA